AUGAAGUUCUUCUCUCUGCUCCUCUCUGCACUCGUCUCACUCAUCGCACUGCUGCCUGCCUCGACACAUGCAGCACAGCGUGGCCUUGCAUGGGGAACUAAUGACAACUGGGGAAGCCAAGUCGCCAAGGGACUCAUCACCUGGUACUGGCACUGGCAAGAUGGGCCCAACUCCAAAUUCAACGGCAAGCUAGAGUUUGUACCUUGCUAUUGGGGUCCCCAGUACAACUCACAAUGGGCUCAACGCAAGCGAGAGAUGGCCGCCAACGUACCCCAAGCCCUACUCGGCUUCAACGAGCCCGACAUCAAGGGACAAUCCAAUCUCGACCCUCAAACUGCAGCCAAUCUCUGGAUGCAGGAGAUCCAACCUUGGAAGAGCAGAGGAGUUAGGCUUGGAAGUCCCCAGAUCGUCUAUAACCAAGACUGGCUCGGUCAGUUCAUGACAAUUUGCAAGAGCAAAGGCUGCACUGUCGACUUUAUCGCCAUCCACUGGUACGGUGCAUGGUACGACCUUAACGGCCUGAAAAAGUACGUCACCUCGGUCCGCAACCGCUUUAACCUUCCUAUCUGGAUCACCGAGUACGGCGUCACCUCCUCCUCUGGCGGGUCGCAACAACAGGUCAAGCAGUUCCACAUGGAUGCCACCCAGUGGCUCAACUCUCAGUCGUACGUCGAGCGCACCUCGAACUUUGGUAGCUUCCCCGUCUCCUCUCCACCUGAUGCCUACGGAUCGCGUCUCAAUGCGCUCUUCAACGGCGAUGGCAGCUUAAGAGAUCUUGCCUACUGGUACUUGUGGACUUCGGGUAACUCGAAGAGGACCAUCAGGCAAGAGUUGACCGCCGAGGACGACUUCGAGCCCACCAAGCAGGAAAUCCCCAUCGAGGAGAAGCCAACUAGCUUCAACCACGUCCAGGAAGCUGAAGAGUAG